CCUAAUUCCUUGCUGUUAUUGCAAUUGAGCGAUCUAUGGAUACUUUGGCCCAUUUAAACAAGCAGGAAUAUUGAUUCCAGAGGUGGUGAUACGGGAAGACGCCAGUAAUCUUCGAACGGAUUUCGGCAGCCAAAUCCGUCGGAAUAGCACGGAAGAUACCCGAUCGAGUUCCAUCCCUCCGACGAGCAAGAUCACACCUCAAAACCAGUUCAUCAGAGGUAUCCGGUCAGUCUGGAAAUAUGGACAAAUCGAAGCCAGCCUAUGGCCAAGCCUGUACACACUGCUACAAAGCCAAGUGUCGUUGUGUACGUACCACAAGUGGCGGGACUUGUGAGAGAUGUCUUCGACUCGGGAAAAGAUGUCAGCCAUCAGGGUCGCUUCGCAGGCGGAAUGUCCAUACAGCAGAGGAAUCGGAUGCGCGCAUUUCUCGGCUCGAAGAUAAAAUGGAGAGCUUGUUAUCUGCCAUGCAAUCCUUUAUCGGCUCGCCCGUGCCUAACGGGCAUGGCAUAUCGUCACAUCCAACUCACCUUGAUGAAUUAUCAGUAAGCACGACUAGUAAUAUGCGGUUGGGUGAGCCGACCUUCGCAGGGGACUCCAGUGCUACAGUAUCACCGAAUCCGAAUCCCUUGUUUCUGUCUCCAAAUCAUCCUGAGUUCCCCCAUGUUCCAUGGCCAGAUCAAGCAGACGAACGAGUCGCAUACUUUUGCUCCCGGAUGCUGCCAUACUUUCCUUUCAUCCACUUUACUCCAGACAUGACAAGCGGGUAUUUGCGUCAAAACCGGCCUUGCCUGUUUCAGGCUAUCAAAACAGUCACCACGUUUUCGACACAGGAAAGACAAGUUCAAGUCGAACAGUUAAAACGUCUACUCUUCACAUCCGCUCUACUCGAUGUUCAGUCAAAUAUUGACCUGCUGCUUGGAGUACUAACCUAUCUAGCGUGGAGUACUGAUGCUUUUCUUGGCAGAGCAGACCUCGUUUCUCGCCUUAUGAUGCUCGCCAUGUCACUAGUAUAUGAUCUGCGGUUGUUCAAGCCAUCCUCGCCGGACGUGCAAGUCAUGAUGACUAUCACACAGGGGCGGGCCGAUGACAACAGCCAGAACCCUGAUGACGAAACCCCCUACACCGUACUAGAAAGGCAGCGGGCAGUCCUGGCUUGUUUUAUUUUGAGCUCGAAUAUCUCGUCACAUCUCGGUCGUCAAGACGCUCUAAGAUGGACGCCUCAAAUGGAAGAGGCCCUCCAAGUCCUCACACUGAACGGAUCGUGUCCUUCAGAUAGAUUGUUUGUCUUGCAAGUACGCUUGCAGCUAUUGAAGCAAAAUGCAGAUCACGUCCGGCAACAAGACGAUACGGAUAGCACUCGUACUGCAACAACUUCUUCGGCUUCAGCACCUCACUUAUUGUAUGCGAAGGCUUUACGAAGGCAGCUGCACGAGCUCGGGGCUUCGUUUCCUCCGGACCUUCAGCAAAUAGACAUUCUAAAGACACACGCCCAAUACGUCGAGCUAUACAUAAACCAGCUCGCCUACUCCAUAAGUCGAGACUGUCUCGCUCUAGGGCACACGGUGCAAGGAGCCAAAAGUGAUACAGUGCUAGGAUUCCAGCGCCUUGAAUGUCUAUGGCAGUCAGUUGAGAACAUCAAGACGUGGCUAGACGUGUUCUACGCAAUCCCGUGCUCGAAACUUGUCGGCCAGCCCUUUCACUUCUGGUCACAGAUGAUCCUCAACAUUACACUUUUGAAAUAUCUUUCGACGCUCCAAGACCCAGAAUGGGACUGCCAAGCAGUGCGAAACACGGUCGACCUGGUAUCGACGAUGGACUGUAUGCUUCAGAAGCUGGAUCAAACUAGCAAAGAACCGGAGCUCCAGUGUAACGACCACUUACUCACUUAUCUGACCAAGCUCUUGACCAAAUGUCGGCAGUGGGCUGAAGCUCGGUUGAACAUGGCUUCUCGAGGCAUGGAGACACCAUGCCAGAAUGAUACUACGAGUCACAAUCAUCACAUUCCGGACCUGGAUCAGAUUGUAUGGAUGCAGUCGAUGGAUUUGGGAGAUGAUCAGUGGUUUGACAGUGUACUUAGUAUGCCUACAUUUUCCUAGGGAUUGGUUCUGAGUUCCAGUGGUACCAAAGUGACUGAGUGAUCAUUCAGUGGCACAGCUAUGUAUGACUGAAGCUAUUAUGUAUAGCG